AUGCUAAUAUCGGUCAAAGCCUCAAACAUUUUCCUUCAUUUGGCAGUUACCAAACCAAACAUCACCAUAAUGUUUAUCCUAUACCCUCCAAAUGCAAUUGUCGAACCCCUCCCAAACACCAAGCUUGAAACAGCAAACAAUGGAUUCCGAAUUCGAGCAACUCAACACCGACAGCAAUGGCGGACGAGGAAGCCAUGGCCAGAUGGCUGCCGGAAGAUAAUGGCGCCCAACGAUAGGUCAUUCUGA